UAGGUACCUAUAUAGUUUUCGCCAUUUUUCGGUUUUGUCAAACGGGUUUAGAAAAUUAAUUAUUCAUAAAUUUCAAUGACAAUUAUAUUACCUGUUCGUCAUAAAAUGAACUUGGAAGGCGCGAACAGGUUUCAGUAAGGUUUCAGUACUACAUUAGGAAAUAGCGUUUGAGUUCAAGUUCGUUAUAUAGAGUACUAGUUGAAUGUAAUCAUUUAGAAAUAGAUUUAAUUAAAUCUGAAUAAUAUUUUAUAUAUAUUUUGUGGUUAGUUAUAAGUGUCGAUAUAAAGGGGGAAAUACAUAAAAUAGAAUUGAGUAUGUCUAUUUUACCAGUACUUCUUGUACUAUCUGGACUACUGUACGAAGUAUAUGGGGCACCAAUGCCGGAUGUACAAGCUAGUGGAUCUGUCAGUGGAACGAUCCCACCUUUAAUCACGUUUAAAGAUGGUAAUGUAGGAGUGAAUUUUAUGGGAUUUAAAGCAUCUGCCGGUUUGGGGGGACUGCUGAACGGUGAUGCCACCCAAGGGGGGCUCCAUGCCGAAGCUGAGACUCCAUUUGGUCAAAGGGCUGGUGCAGGUCUAGGAGGCAGAGUUGGACCAGAAGGUAGAUCUGUUGGAGGUCUGUAUGCAGGAGCUACAGCGGGUGGUGGUGUAGGUGCAGCUGCCGGAAUUGGAGGUUUAACAGAAGAAGGUGGAGCAGCAGGAGGUUCUUUUGCUACAGCUUCCGCCGGAGGAGCCUCAAAAACAGUAGUCAAAGAAAAAGUCAGCGGAUCGGGUGCCGCUGGAGCAUCAUUCUCUGGAUCUCUCAACAUUGGAAAUGUAGUACCAGCCUCUCAAGUUGAACUAGAAAUCGAAGAAAAACCUCUUCCUCCUCCUAAAAAGACCUACGUCGAACGUACUGUGAUUCCAAACUACGUGGAAAAGACAAUCCAGGUGCCAUCAUACGUAGAAAAGACUAUUAGAGUACCAACGGUGAUUGAAAAAAGAGUGAAGGUACCAGCUCCACCUACAGUGAUAGAAAAGGAAGUUGAAGUGCCUGAACCAGUGGUACCAAUAACUUCAACGAAAUUUGUUCAUAAAGAAGUAGUUCCGAUCGAACAAAAUACCAGAGUGAUUACGAAAACCAAAACCAAAAUUCGAAGACGUCCUGGAUGGUAUUUUUCGAAAUAUUACAACUAUAACAGCGGAGAGGCUCCAUACUAUGGAGGUGUAGCUGCAACUGGUGAUGCCUAUGCAGCACCUAGCUACGGUGGUCAGUACUCAGCUACUUACACCAAAAGCUACAAUACCGGUAACUUGUUUCGAAAUAUUUUUAAUAUUCCAAUUGUAACCUUGGGAGCUGUCAGUGACCUUGUGAGCGGUGUUGCGGGAAGCGGAUCAUUGGCUGUAUCUAAAUCAUACUCUUAUUAGUUUAGUUUUUGGAUGAAACUUUUGCUCAAAAAUUUACAAGUUUGUAAAUGGUAUUUAUAAAUGCUCGUAGGAGAUUAAUUCGUAAUAAGAAGCCAGUAAUUUUUUUUAAAUAAAAUAUUUUCAUUUUAA